UCGGGCUGGAGUGCCUCUCCGCAGCCUCUUCCGAAGGUGCUUCCUAGCUCGAGGGCGUUGGCGGGGCGCCUACCAGCCCAGAGCAGCCCAGGACUUGGAGGACAUCUGUGUGGCCCCGAAUGCCGUGGCAGCCAGAGGAUGAAUGAGCAGCAGGCAUGAGUGGCUGAGAACGCUGGACGUCCCUGCAGGCCUUGGCUCAGUCACUUCCGUCUCUGCGGGUGCAGCUGGGAAGCACCAUGAGCACGAGGAAGCGUCGAGGAGGGACAGCAAAUUCCAGACAAGCCCAGAAGCGAGCUCGGGAAGCAGCCCCCACCCCGGUGAUGGCCUUGGAAACAGAACCCAUAGAGCUCGUAGAAAGCGCUGGAGAUGAAAUAGUGGACCUCACCUGUGAGUCUUUGGAGCCCGUGGUCGUCGACCUGACGCACAACGACUCUGUAGUGAUCAUUGAUGAAAGGAGGCGGCCCAGGAGGAACACUAGGAGGCAGCGCCAGGACCACGCUGACAGCUGUGUGGUGAGCAGCGAUGACGAGGAGCUGAGCAGGGACAGGGACGUGUAUGUGACCACGCACACUCCCAGAAACGCCAGGGAAGAGACAUCGCCGGGGCUCAGGCCCUCUGGCACGGUCAGUUGUCCGAUCUGCAUGGAUGGAUACUCAGAGAUUGUGCAGAAUGGGCGUGUCAUUGUCUCUACAGAGUGUGGCCACGUCUUCUGCAGCCAGUGCCUCCGAGAUUCCCUCGAGAAUGCGAACACUUGCCCGACCUGCAGGAAGAAGAUGAGCCACAAACGCUAUCACCCCAUUUACAUCUGAUGCGCUGCGAGCUGCCUCGGAGAAGGACGGACAGUGCCAUCCGCGCGGGCUCAUGCGUCCUUCGUGGGUUCUCUGCCUCCAAUUUCCUGAGCUCAAAAGACUUUUAAACCAAGGCCUGAUAUGUAGACUGCUCCUUAUUUCCAGCCCUCUGAGGUCCUCUCGUUACCUCCAGCUUGAUGCCUCAGCCGGAGCCACAGCCCUGCCGGCCGGGUGCGGCCUGCUCCCCUGGCAGCCUGGUUCCAGGGCAGGUGAGGAGCUGAGCGCCUUCAAGUUGAGAAGCAGGUUCCAGCCUCUCCGGGACUGCACGUUUGCCAAGAAGCUCCCCCGCACAGGAGGUGUGCGCAGCUUCCCCCACAGUGUUGUUGGGGAGCCAGCCCUGGUCAGGGUGUGAGCCAGUCCACCCAGCUCCUGCGGGCAUGCUACCUCACCCGGCCUCUGCCUGCACAGUGACCGAGCUGACAGCCCCGGAGGACCAACCACUGGGCUCCUUCCUGACCUUAGCAGUGACAGGCAGGGAUUUCUGCAGGGCCAUGCCCAGGCCUCUGAGGAUGAAACGUGCAAUAAAGCCCGUCCACCGCCGCCUCCUCGCAGCCCAGGAGACGCAGCACCGUGAGUGUCCCUUAGGCCCCGCCCUGUUCUGUCACCCCGUUCUCAGGAACUGACCAGGCCCCAGAAUUCCCCUCCUGGCACAGGCCAGGCACGGUACACAGGGCAGGCCUGUACUCGGUGUCCGCUCCUUUCUGAUAAAAUCUGUCCUCGUCACCAUAUGCCCGCUGGUCCUCAGUCCCCGCUGCCCACGGUCUCCUCAAGUAUGGACACCGGAAGGCAGUGCAGUAUUUGUGGCCUUAUCAGCCCAUGUCCAGCUGUUGCCCAAGCCGCAGCCACCCCGUGUCUCAGAGCGUGGCCCACCUGACGAGCUGGGUCCUACCUUGGCCUUCUCACCACCCCACCAACCCACCAUUUCAGAAGCUGGUCCUCUGGUCAUCUGGACUGUGGCCCUCUGGAGUUCUGGUUGGCAAAGUUUGGUGGCCUCUCCUCACCAAGGGGCAGAUAACACCCCCUGCCCACUCUGCAGGUGUAGGAGCCUCUGGUUUCCAGGUGGCAGCACUGCUCCUAACGCACAGGGCUGAGGGGUGACAGGAGUGCCAGCCUACCCCACCUCCCCACCCUCCCCACAGGCCUCAAGCCAGACAGCAGCCUCUGCAUGUGAAGCAUCAGCCGGGGGAGAGGCCCUAGCUUUGCAGCAAUAACUGGCCUUCAGUUCCCUGGAAGGAGCGGGGACUUGGCACAGUUCACUUUAACGGGGCUGAAGGAGUGUCCCUCUUCUGUGUAAGUUUUAUUCUUCAUUCUGCCUUUGUAGCUGUUUGGCUCACUUCCAAUUAGUCAGUUUGAAUGAAAGGAAUAAUGUUCUGCUUGGAGGUGAGGAGGCAGGACAUGGUUCUCACGGGGGCUGUGCCGUGUCUGCCCUCCGACUGGACGUGGUUGCCAUCGCGUUUCUUCCGGGCUGCAUGGGAGCGUCUCCUGUGACCUGACAUUACAGCCUCCAGGAGCCAGGAUGACCACGCAGCCCAAGCCCUGCUUUACAUUUUAGGACAAACGAUUGAUCAUGAAAGCUGUGCUUCUACAUUAAAUUGUGGGGGUGUUAAGUUUCUACUGUCAGAAACUACAAAAUAGGAAAAGGUCGAUAUGAAAACCCCUCCUUCUCAGUGUACAUAAUCCAAAUCUUUCUUUGUUACGUUUAAACUUUACCCAUAAUGUCAGUCUUUUUCGGACCCCUGCUGGUGUUACAGAUGGAAAUAAAACCAGGACUUUGAACCAGG